AAAAAAAUGUUUUUCUGUCGCAGUCUAAGUGCGUGUCCUGUGAUGAUUGGUUUACACCCAUUACGCAAUUACGUCAUCUCUGUGUGACGGUAACUGUUGCGAGUGGUAGAAAAAAUGGCACCUUCCCCAACAAAGAGGAAAGAUGAAGACAAGGGUAAACAGCGAGGAAAGGAGAAAUCAGGAGCCACGAAAGAAGGAGCUGACAAAGAUCGAGGUCGAGAGAAGAAUCGCACACGCCGCAGUGCUUCUAGUGGGAGUAGCAGGUCCAGCUCCAGCUCCAGCAGCAGCUCCAGCUCCGGCUCCUCCAGCGGCUCCAGCUCCUCUGGCUCUAGCCACUCAGGUUCCUCCAGCUCCCGCUCUUCGUCCUCUUCCUCCUCCUCCUCCUCACCAAGCCCCAGUCGGCAGCGCCACAACAACAGACGACGCUCACGUUCCAAAUCAGAAACAGGAAAAAAGGAUGAGAGGGACAGGCGACGCAGAAGCCCCACGCCCAAACCCACAAAGGUCUACCUGGGCCGGCUGACCAGAAAUGUUAUCAAGGAACACAUCCAGGAGAUCUUCUCCACUUAUGGCAAGAUCAAAAUGAUUGACAUGCCAAUAAACCGCGUCCCGCCUCACCUGUCCAAGGGCUAUGCCUACAUUGAGUAUGAGACACCUGAAGAGGCUGAGAAAGCUCUGAAACACAUGGACGGAGGUCAGAUUGAUGGUCAGGAAAUCACUGUAACAGCUGUGCUGGCUCCCAUUGUGCGUCCUCCACCUCGCAGGCUGUCCCCUCCACGAAGGAUGCCCCCCCCACCACCAAUGUGGCGACGCACUCCACCGCGAAUGAGGAGAAGAUCUCGGUCUCCACGACGACGCUCACCAGUACGCCGCAGGUCUCGUUCCCCUGGGCGUCGUCGCCAUCGUUCUCGCUCCAGUUCCAACUCCUCCCGCUAAUUGAUGAGGAACCUCCAAUGACCCCUUUUUUCUGGAUCUUUUUCUCUGUUGUGUGAUCAGUGUGACCAAGCAAGCAUGAAAGAAAUGUUUGUUUCUACUGGUAAAUAUUAGUGACGAGAGACACAAAUACCAAAAGCAAUACUGAAUUUCCCAAUAGGUUGUUGUUUUAGCCAGUACAUUACAACAGUAAAUCACCUUUUUAACCCUAAAAGGAAUUAGACAGAAAAAAU